CCGGACAAGGGGGGUUCCUUCCAACUACCUUAUCCUUACCCUUGCCAUACCUUACUCUUACCUUACUGCGUGAGGUAGUGUAGUCUCUUACUGUCGUCCACGUCUGAAGCCAACAACCUUUUUUUCUUUGCCUCGCAUCUUUAACCCCUACCAAUACUUGGGUGGGAGACACCUGCCACAGAGACUAGAGACACCACACUGACGUUACCCGAGCCGCCCUGUUCGACUCAACUUCGUUACCUGCCAUCCUGAAGAAGUCGGGAACCGUCCGUCAAGGGUGCCCACCCUCUCCCAGUCUCGGACAACGACGUGCCCUGCUCAUCUGUAGCUUGUCUCUCUUUUUUCUACCCAUCUACACUACUCCGUUCCUUACACUACGGAGGCUCUUCAUACACUACGCCUCUGACCAACAUCUUUGUCGCCGUUCCCGUCCCAUCCAUGCAGCUAAACUCGACCACCCCUGCCAAAGCUCAGAUCUCUAUUCUGCCGUCUCUUCACUCAACCCCCCGAUCCAUCAUCCCUACUCUUCCUCCUCCUACUUUCUCGGAGCCUGGAGGCGUCUGCCCUUGUCAACUAGUUGUCGCAUACCAUCUCAUCAGACAGAUGCUACCUACCUAGUCUCUUUGUCUCUCUCUCAUCCCUCCACGGACACCUUCUCAUAGAGAGCAGACAGACCCUCAUUACCUUUUCCCAACCCCCGGUUCGUCACCCACUGCGGGCCUGCCAAUUGCCCGCACGGGGAUCAGAUGCUAAGCAACAUCCAUGUACUCACACCCCCGGCCAACAGUUUGAGCCGUGUACUAUCCGUAAGGUAUACUCAGUAGUAUGGUGUAUGGCUAGGUACUAGGUAGUCUGCAGACGGGCUCCUGUCAGCCCUUGUCUCCUCCUUCUCCUCCUCUCUCAUCUCCCCUGCGCCGCGUUUUGGACUCGUGGAGACGAUUCCUCCCCCCCAAGCCGUCAUGGAGCCUGUCUCCGUUCAUACGACCCCUUGGUCGAACCGGCACCAGCCUGCAACCACAGCCCUGUGCAUAUAAGACUUGAAAGCUUGGCACUGAUCGCAUAUUUGUCUCGGCCUCUCCCUUCUUAAUCCCCAGCAGCGCUCAGUCUUGAUCAUUCUUUUCGCCUUCCACCCUUUACUUUUAUUUCCAUUCAUCCUGUUGCCUCACGCUGGGAGUGUGUCUUCACAUUCAUUCAUUCAUUUCUUUUCAGCUUGUGCUACGUAUUCAGGUGUCUGUGACCGUUCCUUUCGUACUCUACUCUUGUUCGCUCCUCGGUCUGGAACCAACCCCUUUCGAACGACAAUCUAGUAUUUUAUUGAUAGCGACUCGGUCGACAACUCCCUCGGAUUUAUCCCCAACGAUCAACAAGAAAGAGACAAGAUGCAGAUUCAAAAGCUCAUCACCGCCCUCGCGGGCAUGGCCGUCGUCGCCGAGGCCUCCGUCGCCUUCCUCGAUGCCUCGCCUUUGAGCGCCGCCCUCGCCAAGCGUCAACAACGUGGUGGUAACCGUGGUGGACAAGGCGGAAACCAGGGUGGAAACGCAAACCAGGGUGGAAAUGCAAACGCCGGUAACGGUGCUCUGUGUUUGCAAACGAACGCGGUGCAAAAGGGUUCGCAGCAGGCCGGACAGCCCAACGCCCAACAAGCCAACUCGAAGACCGACAAUGCCAACUUCAUCAACGUUUGCUCCGGCUCUACCCUCACCGAUGGUGAGCAGAAGACCGGCGGUUCCUGCAACGGUAUCCCCAUGGGCAAGAUCCCCGCCCAGACCAAGAUGGUGUCUACCGUCAUCAACAACCCCCCUCACAAUGGCAACAUCCAGGCCAACCAGGACUUUGAUGUCGAGCUCAAGGUCAACAACCUGCAAGCCGGCUCCUUCACUGACGCUCAGUCUACCUACUACUCGGCUCCCCAGGAUCUUAGCGGCGGCGGCACCAUUAUCGGCCACGUUCACGUCACUGUUCAGGAUAUGGGUAACUCCUUGACGCCCAACACCCCCCUGGAUGCUUCCAAGUUUGUCUUCUUCAAGGGUAUCAACGAUGCCGGCGAUGGCAAUGGUAACCUGAAGGCCACCGUCACUGGAGGUCUCCCCGCCGGAAACUACCGCGUCUGCACCAUGUCUAGUGCUUCCAACCAUCAGCCCGUUCUGAUGCCCGUCGCCCAGCGUGGUGCCCAGGAUGACUGCAACAAGUUCACCGUUGGUGGCAACGGCGGCGGCGGCAACAACAACGGAGGUGGCAACAACGGCGGCAACGCUGCCAACGGAGGCAACGCCGCCAACGGAGGCCAGCAGAACAACAACCAGGGCGGAGCUGCCCGUGGAGGUAAGCAAGCCGGAGGCAGACAAGGCGCCGGCGCUGCCGCAGGCGGUGCUGCAGGAGGUGCCGCUCGUGGCGGUGCCGGACGAGGCGCUGGUCAAGGUAAUGCUCAAGCAACACCUCAGAACCCCCCUCAAGGAUUUCCAAACACACAGUUCCCAGGCCAAUUCCCCGGCCAAUUUCCUCAAUUCCCUGGAAGCGCACCCCCUGGACAGGCCACAACACAAUCCCAGACCGGAAACACACAGGAAACUCCCAAUGCUAACAACUCCGGCCAGGACGGGGACGCCGCCAGUAAUUCGAAGAACGCGACGGCGACUCCUUCGGUAGACCCGGCGGCAGCGACGCCGACGCCCACCCAGGGCGGAGGUGCCUCCAACAAUGGCAAGGCCAACAGCAAUGGAUCCGGACAGAACGGCAACGGUAACACUUCUUCUGGAUCUGGCAAGGGAGGCGCGACGUCGAACGCUAUCGGCGGAAUCGCGGCCCCGGCGGUCUCGGACUCUGGCGAUAGCAGCCGACCAUUCUCCGUCAAUGGCAACUCGUUCGUUUCCAAGGCCAAUGCGGCGCAGCGUGCUUGCGAUGUUCAACGGAAUGCCUGUUUCAAUGCUUUCAACGGUGGAAAGUUGAACGGGGUCACCACGGCCGACUGUGAUGCCCAGGUUCAGACCUGCAUCCAGGAGCUCUCAUAAUCGGAAUGCCUUUCGACGACAAGGACGACAAAACAACCGAGGGAUUAUUGGGAUAUGCACGCGCGCGCUGAUACGGACAACACGGGCCUUUUACAUCACAUACAACGACAAGUCUCCAUGCUUUUGGGUUCACCCGGGUCGCCAAAAAGUGUUCUGGUGUUUUUCUGUUUUUAAAUUUCUUGGGGUUGUUAUAUUCUACACGAACUGGCAGGGAGGUUAUUAGAUGAGCAGGUUGGCGUGGAUGGUUUUUUCUUUUGUUUGAUGAAAACCAGCGCUCCCCGUGCUUCGAUACCACACACUCACACAUCAUCAACGACAACACUGGCAAACUCCUCCCCCUCUAUAUUAUUGUUCUAAUGUCCCCCCUCUCCCCGAUAACCCUCCCACACACAUCUCAUCACCUCAUCACCAUGACACAAAAUCUUACGAUCCGAC